CACUUUGAGGGAUGUAGCCAGAUCGAGUCAUUUUCAGGUUCAAGGAGAAAGGAAGAACUCAAACCCCCCCCUCUGUGUUUCUUUGUCUCCUCGCAGGCGACCCGAGCCAAGCUGACCGCUCACUGCUCGUCCCUGGGCGACUCUCUGGGGAAGGAGAACGAGCUGGCGCUGAUCAUCGACGGCCAGACGCUGAAGUACGCUCUGUCCUUCGAGCUGCGCCAGGCCUUCCUCGACUUGGCGUUGUCCUGCAAGGCUGUCAUCUGCUGCCGAGUGUCUCCGCUUCAGAAGUCAGAGAUCGUGGACAUGGUGAAGAAGCACGUGAAGGCGAUCACGCUGGCGAUAGGCGACGGUGCCAACGACGUGGGGAUGAUCCAGACGGCUCACGUUGGAGUCGGGAUCAGCGGCAACGAGGGCAUGCAGGCCACCAACUCCUCUGAUUACUCCAUAGCACAGUUCUGCUAUCUAGAGAAGCUGCUAUUGGUCCAUGGGGCGUGGAGCUACAACCGUGUCACCAAGUGCAUCCUCUACUGUUUCUACAAGAACGUGGUCCUAUACAUUAUAGAGCUCUGGUUCGCCUUUGUGAACGGGUUCUCCGGACAGAUCCUUUUUGAGCGCUGGUGUAUAGGCCUCUACAACGUGAUAUUUACCGCACUGCCUCCGUUCACUCUGGGAAUAUUUGACCGGCCGUGCAGCCAACAGAACAUGCUCCGCUUCCCGCAGCUCUACCGAAUCACCCAGAAUGCUGAGGGCUUCAACACCAAGGUGUUCUGGGGGACUUGUAUCAAUGCACUGAUUCAUUCAAUUAUUCUCUUUUGGUUUCCUCUCAAAAUGUUAGAGCAUGACGCCCCGUUCAGCAGCGGUCAGGGAAAUGACUACCUAUUUGUUGGAAAUAUGGUGUACACAGUAAGCGUUUUAUUUGCAUAUAUCUGCGUUUGUAUCUUUUUUGUUUGUAUUAGUUUUUAUUCCUGUCUUCUGGCAUGCAGAUGUUUUUCCUUUUUGCAUACACACAGUAUUUGUGUACACUGUGCAGCUUCCUCCGAGUCUCCAGUCGUCUAGCCACUCUGUCUCCC